CUGAAGAAUCUGUCCUGGUCUCUCCAGAUCUGCGGCAGUCCAGCAUCAGGUCAGGACUCCUGCUCGUCCUCCCCCUGUGGAGGUCUUGGCUGUGUGGACUCUGAUGGUCGAGUUCGGUGUGGAGGGGAAGGAUGUGAUGGUGUGGUGACAACUGCCAACGGCGCCUGGAAGAAGGCCCGAGACUCUGAACAGGAAAUCAUCAGCGCCAUGCAGGAAGUGGAGAAACUCUCGAAGAUGGUGUCAGAAGCGAAGCUGAAGGCGGAUGGGGUGAAGCUGAGCGCUCAUGACGUCCUGAUGAAGACCAACAGAACCAAACUGAAGGUCCAGCGGAGCAACGAGGAGCUGAGAGACCUGAUCAGGCAGAUCAGAGACUUUCUCACACAGGAUGCUGCAGACCUAGAGAGUGUGGAGCUGGUGGCUAAUGAGGUUCUGGCCAUGCAGAUGCCGACCACGCCGGCUCAGCUGCAGAACCUGACCGAUGAGAUCCGACAGAAUCUGGGAGAACUGGGACACGUGGAGACCAUCCUGCAGGAGAGUGCCGACGACAUCCAGAGAGCCGAGAACCUGCUGGACCAGGCUCGCCAGACCAGGUGAGUCCUACCUGUCAAUCAGA